GACAUGUCGGAGAUAAUUGGCUUAGACUUGACGCCCAGCCAAGCUGGUGUGGCGGUAACGGGAGUGACUGCUGCCAUAUAUGUCAUCUUAAACAGAGUUAACAACAUGAAGCUUAAAGCCUUGCAAUCUAACCAAGCCGUUGUCUGCAUCUCGGAUAAAUCAACUGGGAAAGAGAGAAAAGUAGCAGUGGAUCAGAAGUUUUUCGCCAGUCUUGUCAAGCUGUACAAAGUGUGCUGCCCUGGAGUUUUUUGCAAAGAGUUCGGUCUGACCCUCUCAGUAGCAGGCUCUCUUAUAGCAAGGACAUGGCUAGACAUCCUGAGCAUAGAUAACGCAACCAGAAUUGAAAGUGCCAUCGUGGCGAUGGACCAAGAACUUUUCCGAAAACACAUCACAUUCUUCAUUACCCUUAUGCCUUUCCUGGCAAUCACCAACAACGUGCUAAAGUAUUCUCUCAGUUCGCUCCAACUUGCCUUCAGAGUCAGACUCACAAAGUACCUUUACGACCUCUAUCUCCAAAAACUGGUGUAUUACAAGAUGGGAAAUCUCGACGGAAGGAUAGCUAAUGCGGACCAACUGCUCACUCAAGACGUGGAGAAGUUCUCACAGACCAUCACAGAUCUCUACUCCAACAUCAGCAAACCAAUCCUUGACAUUGCCAUCUACGCCACGAAAUUGACGAGGGUACUAGGGGCGCACACUCCAUUGGCCAUGAUAGGCUACAUGUUGUUGAGUGGGGGAGUGUUGACUAGACUGAGGAAGCCGGUGAGUAAGAUGACGGUGGAGGAACAGAGACUCGAAGGAGAGUACAGAUUCGUCAAUUCAAGACUCAUAACUUACAGUGAAGAAAUUGCAUUCUACGAAGGCAGCUCUUUUGAAAAGAUGACGAUCGAGAAAGUGUUCAACAAAUUGGUGACUCAUUUGAAGAGCAUGAUUCUGUUUCGCUUCAGUAUGGGUUAUCUGGACAACAUCGUCGCCAAGUAUGUGGCGACGUUGGUGGGCUUCUACAUAGUGAGUCGACCCUUUUUGGCAUCUAAAUCCCGCUUCCAGGAGUUCUCACACAGUGCCAGACUGGAAGACUACUACAAGAGUGGUAGGAUGUUGCUGAAGAUGGCGGAGGCUAUGGGCCGGGUGGCACUCGCAGGUAGAGAGUUGAGUCGUCUGGCAGGACUCACAAGUAGAGUGUGCGAACUCACUGAAGUGCUGGAGGACCUGAAAUCAGACAAGUUUGUCAGACAGCAAGUGGCUUCUUCGAACACAUCAGCGCCAGCCUCGAAGGAUUUGUCUCCAGAUGCCAAAAAACUAGCUGGUACAGAAAACAAUGACGAAGAGGGACAGGAGCUGACACUGGCCAGUUUUGGUCUCACUUUACAAAGCAGAGGACACACGAUCAUAUCUGAUGGACACAUCAAGUUCGACAAUGUGCCUUUAAUUGCGCCGAAUGGAAGUGUGUUGAUAGAGUCGCUCAACUUCGAAGUGAGACAUGGCCAAAAUGUACUUGUGAGGGGAUCCAACGGAUGUGGCAAGAGUUCCCUGUUUCGGGUGCUAGGGGGACUGUGGCCGGUGUUUUCUGGCACAGUGAUUAAGCCAGUCAGACGGAACUUGUUUUACAUUCCACAGAAGCCGUACAUGACUUUGGGCACCUUCAGAGACCAGCUGAUUUAUCCUGACUCACAUGAAGACAUGCGAAGAAAGCACGUGAAGGAUGCAGACUUAGAAGUCAUCAUCGAACAGGCGAAUCUGACGAGAGUGUUGCAGACUCACGGGUGGAACAAAUUGGCCGAGUGGAUAGAUGUACUCAGUGGGGGAGAGAAGCAGCGCAUGGCUAUGGCCCGUCUCUUCUACCACAGACCACAGUGGGCCAUUCUGGACGAGUGUUCUAGCCAGAUCUCGGUGGACACCGAGUGCCAGCUGUACGAUGUAUGUGCCCAGAAGGGCAUCUCCCUCAUCACUGUAUCACACAGGGACACUCUAUGGCAACACCAUCAGAAGUGCCUGAAAUUCACAGACGACAGACAAGUGCGACUGCUCGACGUUGUAGACGGAACAGAACCUCAGAUGUGACCAACGAAUUCCAUAGACUUGAUCCUGUCAAUCAAACGAACGCCAGCUGAAAGAAUACUUGAACGAAAAUCUUACGAUAAUUGAUUGAGUCAUCAUUAUAAUAUUGUACUUUUUACCACAAAAACCUGAUCAUUCGUCCAAAUCACCGAAUAUUUAAUAUUCAACGCUGAAGCUGAUAUAUCUAUUGUCUAUAUAGAUAGAUAGUAAAUUUAAAAUGAAAUUUAUAUAU